GCCAGUGGGGAGCUGGCGCCUUGGUCCUGUGCGGACCGAGCGGCCUGAAAAAGGGAGGUUGUGGAAUUGUCUGGGAACUAAUAACACUGCGGCUUAUGUGUGGAUAUGGGAUACCGGUCACUGCAGGGGUUGUGGCUGUGUGUUCCCGUGGUGGUGUGUGAUUGUGACUCUGCGACAGUGUGGGGUGCCUCCGACUGUGCAGCUGUUAUUGUGUGUUUCCCAUGGUGUGUAUGUAAUUGUAACUGUGUUGCCGUGUGUGGCUCCGUGUGUGCUGGUGAGAUGUGCAUGUUGCCUUAAGUGUGACUGUCCCUAAAUAUAUGUGGCAUUCUGUGUAUGAAUAUAGGGUCCUGUCAAUUGUGCUAUUGUGACUUCAGAACUCUGUCUCUAGGAAACCUUUUUGAGGUCUGGUCACAUUCCAACCCUGUACAGCAGUGAACAGAGCCUUUCCCCUGAGCCACUGGAGUAGGACAGGUUGCUCCAUUCUCCUCUGAUCUCCAUUCCUCGUGUGUCGUGGGUGAGUGACCCAGAAGAGGAGGAAAGAAUGCAUGAUGAACUUCUACAAGCAGUAUCCAAGGGGUCAGUGAUGUUCAGGGAUGUGUCCAUAGACUUCUCUCAAGAGGAAUGGGAAUGCCUGGACUCUGGUCAGAUGAAUUUAUACAAAGAAGUGAUGUUGGAGAAUUUCAGCAACCUGGUUUCAGUGGGACUUUCCAGUUCUAAGCCUGCUGUGAUCUCCUUAUUGGAACAAGGAAGAGAGCCCUGGAUGGUUGACAGAGAGUUGACUAGAGGCCUAUGUUCAGAUCUGGAAUCAAUGUGUGAGACCAAGAUACUAUCUCUAAAGCAGAGACAUUUCAGUCAAGUAACACUUACCCAUGAAGACAUGACUACUUUCAUUCAGCCCACAUUUCUUACUCCACCUCAAAAAACUAUGAGUGAAGAGAAACAGUGGGAAUGUAGGAGAUGUGGAAAGACCUUUAAUCAGAACUCACAAUUUAUUCAACAUCAGAGAAUUCAUUUGGGUGAAAAACCCUAUGACUAUAAGGAGUGUGGGAAGUCCUUUAGUUAUGGCUCACUCGUUACUCGACAUGAGGGGAUUCGCACUGGUGAGAAACCCUAUGAAUGUAAGGAAUGUGGCAAGGCUUUUAGUUGUAGCUCGUAUUUUUCUCAACAUCAGAGGAUUCACACUGGUGAGAAACCCUAUGAAUGUAAGGAAUGUGGAAAAGCUUUUAAUUAUUGCUCAAACCUUAAGGAUCAUCAGAGGAUUCACACUGGUGAGAAACCCUAUGAAUGUAAAGUAUGUGGAAAAGCCUUUACUAAAAGUUCACAACUUUUUCUACAUCUGAGAAUUCAUACUGGUGAGAAGCCUUAUGAAUGUAAAGAAUGUGGGAAAGCCUUUACUCAACACUCAAGGCUUAUUCAGCAUCGGAGAAUGCAUACUGGUGAGAAACCUUAUGAAUGUAAGCAGUGUGGGAAGGCCUUUAAUAGUGCCUCAACACUUACUAACCAUCACAGAAUUCAUGCUGGUAAGAAGCUCUAUGAAUGCGAAAAAUGUAGAAAGGCCUUUGUUCAGAGCUCAGAACUUAUUCAACAUCAGAGAAUCCAUACAGAUGAAAAACCAUAUGAAUGUAAUAAAUGUGGGAAGGCCUUUAAUAAAGGCUCAAACCUUACUAGACAUCAGAGAAUUCACACUGGUGAGAAACCCUAUGACUGUAAGGAAUGUGGAAAAGCUUUUGGUAGUCGCUCUGACCUCAUUCGCCAUGAAGGAAUUCAUACUGGUUGAAUGAUAGAAACUAAAGACCCUUUUGUUAACCUUUAUAAUAAGAUUUUUUUAAAACAGUUAAUGAGAACAAGUUAGGGUACACAUUAUCAAAGGUUCUCCUAUGUAUUAGUUUUUAAAGGAUACCUUAACAAAGUACCAAGUACCAAAAACUUGCUGGCUUAUAAUGAGAAAUUUAUUCUCUUGCAGUUUGGAGCCUGGGAAUCUAAAAUCAAGGGUGCUGACAGUUUUGGUUCCUUAUGAGGACUCUGAGCGAGGAUCUGUUCUAUGCCUUUCUCCUAACCUGUUAACAGCCGGCAGUCCUUGGCAUUCCUUGGCUUUUACAUACCUCAUUCUAAUCUCUGCUUCCAUUUUCACAUUGCAUUCUCUCCGUAUAUCUUUGUGUAUGUCUCUUAUUUGGACACCAGUCGGAUUAGAUUGGGGUGACCUGGUGACCUCAUCUUAACUUGAUUACAUCUGUCAAGACUGUAUUUCCAAGUAAGGUCACAUUUACAGGUACCAGGGCUUAGGACUUCAGCAUCUCCUUUUAGGGGACACAGUUCAACUCAAUAGCCUCCUAGCACUAUUUUGUCUAAUUUAUUUUUAAUUUCCUUUUAUAUAUAAGUUGUUAUUCAAAUAUAUAUUUUUUAUUUUUUAAUUUAUUUUGAGACAGAGUGUCACUCUGUCCAGGCUGAAGUGCAGUUGUGCAGUCUCGGCUCACUACAACCUCCGGCUCCUGUCUAUCCUCCCAAGUAGCUGGGAUUACAGGCAUGCACCAUCAUGCCCAGUUAAUUUUGUGUAUGUGUGUGUUUUUAGUAGAGACAGGGUUUCAGCACAUUGCCCUGGCUGGUCUUUAACUCUGGACCUCAAUGAUCUGCCUGCCUCAGCCUCCCAAAGUGCUGGGAUUACAGGCGUGAGCCACUGUGAUGGCCAAAACAGACUUUAAACCAACACAAAUUAAAAAGGACAAAGAAGAUCAUUUAUAAUGAUAAAGGAUAAAUUCAACAAGAAGAUAAAACAAUCCUAAAUAUAUAUGCAUUCAACAAUGCAACACCCAGAUCCAUAAUACAAAUACUACUAGACCUAAGAAAAGAGAUAGAGCAAUACAACAAUAGCAGGGAACUUCAACACUCCAUGGACAGCAGUAGACAGGUCACUGGGACAGAAAUCAACGGAGAAACUGUUAUUUUUUAAAAAACGAAAUCAUAUCUAAUGUCUUCUCUGACCACAGUGGAAUAAAACCUAGAUAUCAAUACAAGAGGAACUCUCAAAACUAUACAGAUACAUGGAAUUUAAACAGCUUGCUCCUGAAUAAUUGUUGGGUCAAUGAUGAAACUAAGGCGGAAAUUUCAAAUUUUUUGAAAUAAAUGAAAAUAGAGAUAAUACUCCAAAACAUCCGAGAUACAGCAAAAGCAGUGCUAAAAGAGGAUUUUAUAGCAUUAAAUGCCUACACCCAAAAAUAGAAAAAUCUCAAAUGAAUAAACUAACAUCACAUCUCAAGGAAAAAAAAUAAACCCAACUCAAAGCUAGCAGAAGGAAAGAAAACAAAUACCACAGCAAGUGAAGAUGAGACAAAGAACAAAAGAACAUAAAAAAAAGUUGGUUCUUUGAAAAGAUAAAAUUGAUAGACUACUAGCUAGAUUAACCAAGAAGAAAAGAAGAUCCAAAUAAAUACAAUCAGAAAUGAUACGGUGACAUUAUAACUGAUACCACAGACAUAUGAAAAAAUCAGGAGAGGCUAUAUGCAGAAAUUAGAAAACCUAGAGGAAGUCGAUAAAUUCCUGGAAACAUACAAUCUUCCAAGAUUGAACCAGGGAGAAAUAGAAAUCCUCAACAGACUACUAAUGAGUAUUGAAAUUCAAUCUGUAAUGGAAAAAAACCUCACAACAACAACAAACCCUGGACCAGACAGAUUUACAGCUGACCUCAGGCAGGCUGAUCACCUGAGGUCAGUUCGAGCUUGGCUAACAUGGUGAAACCCUGUCUCUACUAAAAAUACAAAAAUUGGCUGGGCAUGGUGGCAGGUGCCCAUAGUCACAGCUACUCGGGAAGCUGAGGCAGGAGAAUUGCUUGAAUGUGGGAAGUAGAGGUUGCAGUGAGCCGGGAUUGUGCCAUUGCACUCCAGCUAGGGGACAACAGAAGGAGAUUCCAUCUCAAAAGAAAAGAUACUUCCUAUUGAGUACAAUGUACAUUAUUCAGGUAAUGGGUACAUUAUAAGCUAACACUUUCCCUACUACACUAUGUAUGUAACACAACUGCCCUUGUAACUUCCUAAAACUAUAAAAUUUUUUUUAAAAUUAGAAGCUAAACAAUAAAAGACAAAUUAAGAAUGCUUCCUUAAAAGGUGAGGGCAUUAUGCUCAUAAGUUACUAUGGGUUUCAGAGUACAGAGUAGAGUAGAACACAAGAAUUUGGUCUGGAAUGUGGGAACAGAAAAUGGGUAUAUACAUUUUACUAUAGUUAGAUCCCUGGGUUGAGGAAUGACCUGAGAGUACUGGAUAUUGUAGAGACAGAUGUCUUCAGGGCAAAGAGAUUAAGGAUUUUAGCCUUGAUGCUUUCACACUAUAUUGUGGUAGUAACACUGCAAGUGCUGGGAGAUAGAACAGGAAACAUCUUUCUAGGAAUAUGCAUACUAAUAAAUGUUUCAUCAAACUUGUUCAAACAAGACAGGAGAAUAAUUUUCAUUAUAAUUUCAUUUCCAUUUCUGUGUUAUAAGAGAAACUGAUCAUUUGUUCAAAUAUUUAAAAGGCAUGUUUGUGCUACUAUAAACACUUGUUUCUCCACA